UGCGGAGGAUUGAGGGUGAAGGGCGGACUGUGGGGCUCUUCUGAGGAAUGGACGGUGGACCAUAAAGCUCGACGGGGCUGCGCGGAAAAGAGCGGAGGUUCGCCAUCGGAAUCAAGCUCUCCUCCUUAGAAACAUCGCAUUGCUUUCAACUUCAAAUCUUCCACAGCUUCAAUUCGCUCCAUCAUAACCUCAAUACCUCCUUCCUCCGAGAAGUAUUGCCGCCAUGUCUGCUGCCAGUUCGGGUUCCGAAAGCAGCUCUGAAUUUGAACAUAUCUACAAUAGUCCCCAAUCAGCGUCCUGGAGCACCGAUGGUAUAGAGUCGCUCGGCAGCACCGAACAAGCCCAGAUUCUCAGCAUCAUCGAUGGCAUCCGCGAUAGCAACGUCUCCAAAGAGAUCGAUUUCCCACGCCUGGUCGUGUGUGGCGACCAAUCUUCCGGCAAGUCCUCGGUGCUGCAGGCCAUCGCCGGAAUCCCCUUCCCACACAGCAGUGACCAAUGCACCCGCUUCGCAACCGAAGUGAUCCUGAAGCGGUCAUCCUUCGUGGGUGUUACAGUCAGCAUCAAGUCCUACAACACCAAGGAGACCACCGUCUUCAAGACAAAGAGAGACUUGACCUCGGUAGACGACCUUUCGGAAGUCAUCAGGAAGGCCGGCGAUAAGAUGGAGCGUACCGGCGCCUUCUCGAAGGAUAUCCUGCAGAUCGAGAUAUCCGACCCCACGAAGAAACCGCUGAUUCUGGUCGAUCUUCCGGGAUUGAUCCACAAUGGUCCGGACGAGGCCGUUGUGGUUGGAAUGGUUGAGGAUUACAUGAAGAAUACGCGCACUGUCAUCCUGGCAGUGGUGACGGCUGGAGGCGAUCCGGACCCGCAGGCGGUUCUCAAGUUGGCCAAGAUCCACGACCCCGAAGGCCGGCGGACGUUUGGAAUCAUUACCAAGCCCGACAAGAGCGACGGGAAUACCAACCUACAAAGAAGGCUCAUCGGUAUGGCGAAGAACUUGGACAAGAAUUUCAAGUUCGAUCUGGGGUGGCAUGUGCUUAUGAACGGCGCCGCAAACGACGGAGAGCAGCAGCUCGACUUGGAAAAACGAGCGAAAGAAGAGAAGAGGUUUUUCGAAGCCGGGCCAUGGUCUGGUGUCCCGAAAGGCAAUUGCUGCAUCGGACCCCUUCGCCAACGGCUAAGCACCAUGCUGCUCGACCAUGUGAAGCAGGAGUUGAAGGGGAUCAAAGGGGACAUCAGCGCGGCCAUUGCGAGAUGCCAAAAGGAGCGCGCCGAUAUGGGAGAGUUACAUCAAGACCUUCCCUCAAAACGGAAUUUUCUCGUCGAGACCGGGAAGAAGUACCACAAGAUCUGCAACCAGGCGAUUACGGGUCUCUAUACCACUUCACGUUUCUUCGGGACAGGAUUCUCGAGCAACCCUGAAGAUGAUGCGCUUUACCUGAGGGGUAGGAUAAAGAAUCUCAACGUCGCUUUCGCCUACACCUUCUGGAAGUAUGGCCACCACAAGGAAAUCGAGGACUGCAGCUUGAUCCCACAGGGCCUGAUAGACACCGACGAGUCAACCGACCAUUUCGAUGAUUGCCGGGUGGAGCCUGACGAGAUCACACGGAAGUACGCGGUCGUUGACUGGGUUAAGCCCGUUGCAAAGAAAUCCCGGGGAGUCGAAAUCGUCGACGGACGCAAUCCCACCCUCGUCAAAUUCCUAUUCUGCGAGCAAUCGCAGAAAUGGGAAACACUAGCUUACCGCCAUCUCGACGAAUGCUCCGCCGCAUGCCGGAAGUUCCUGCGACUCGUCCUCGAAGCGGUUGUGCCCGAAGCACGGGAGGAGAUCCGGGAUUCUCUGCACGAUUGGAUCGACAGGAAGCUGGAAAGGAGGGUCGCCGAUGCCAAGCGGGAGAUGGCGAGCAUCAUUGCCGACUGCCGCGACUGCUUUCCCAUCGUGAAUAACUACCAGUAUUACGAUGAGGUGGGCAUUGCACGAGUGAAACGCGCAGGAAAUGGAAGCGCCCGGCAAACCAUCACCAGCCUGAGGCACACCUUGGGCUCCGUUGUGGGACUUCCCACGCAGGCCGAAUUGGUGAGCGGGCUUACGGAGGUGAUAGGUUCACUCGACGGAGACGCCGAGGAAGUACAUGAAGAUCCCGAGGAUCAACGGUGCGAGGCUUCGUUGGAUGAGAUGCUGGCAUACUACAAGACCGCAAGCAGACGCUUCGUGGAUGACGUUGUUGUUCAGGUUAUCGAGCGCAAACUGGUGGCCGAGUUGGACGAAACCUUUUCUGCCUACGAAGCUGCGGUUAUGACAGACGAGGAGGUUGCCAACAUCGUCCAGGAGUCGCCGUAUAAACAACAGAAGAUCAACGAGCUGAAUGUCAGACUGAAGAGUCUCGAGAGGGCUGCUGACGCUUGUAGACGGUACUCGAGAUGGUAUGUCCAUCCCAACCUUGGCAUAGUUUGAGCAGUUACUGACAGAUGCUAGAAACCGGUAAUUACCUGGGUUUAACGGCUCCCUAGAUACUGGCAGAACUAAGGAUCAAUUGAGUGUGUGU